AUGGAACAUUCGUUUUGCAAUGGAAUUUAUCCAAAGAAAAAUAUAGGUUAAUAUAGGUUUAAAAUGGGAUAGUGCUGCGAAUCAUCCUUGGGAGUCGGAUAAACGAAAAAGAAAGGGAAGAACGGACGAGGAGAGAAACUCAUCGGUGGUUUCACAAUUCUGCUCACGAAGGGACCUUGGGCGAACGAAACUGAAUCCCUCUAUUUACGCUCGCAACUUUUAUCACCACGGAUAGACCGUGCUACCCUCGGGGUUCCUCGCAAGGCUACCUGGGUAAUAAUCAUAAUUCGCAGGCUAUUGUUUCACAGAUAAUUAAGUUCUUGCCCCGCGUGCGAAGCGUGCCGGAUCGGCGCGGCGUGGCUCGGCGUAACGCGCUGGCCAGUUUUCCUCCAUCUGCCGUGCUGGCGUCUUUGCCAAUUCCAAGAAAAACCAUUCUCUGUCCUUAUUUGGAUAGGAUGCGACUCCAGCCACAAGAAGAACGCGGAAAAAGACCGACGCGACGUAGCGCGAAGAUUCGAUAAUGUUUGCAGCUGCGACAACGGUAACAGAAUGCUCGGCUCUGUCGGCAGGGAGCAGCGAGCAGUGUACCAACGAGGCUGGCUAUCCGCCACACAAGCUAAAACGCAUCUUCUCGUUCCAUCGCGGUUAUAUGGGAAUUAUGGUAUCGGUGUAACUAUCGUUCUAAUUGGAUGCAUACCGCAGUUAGUGGAUCGUAUAUGCAUUAACACGAUACAUAGUAAUACACGAUAG